ACCCUUUUUGUUCCUGUUUCGCACCGUUUACCAAUUAUUUUCGUUUCAAUUGGGGAUAUGUACAUGAAUUUUGUUCAACCAAUCGAAAGCCACCGAUAAGGAUGUGUAUGUACAGGACGCGAUGCAACGAGUGUGCUGUCUUUGAAUGUGUGUACGGUUGCGUAUACAAUUCAAUUCUAGUCCGCGUAUUCGGUUUAAUUCUAACCUUGCAGAAUGCUGACAGGAAUUCGAAUUUAUUGGUAAAAUGUCAAAACGUUGGGGCAGCGACUAUGUGGUUACGGAGCACCGUGAUUUACAGGCUAAUACUAUGGCCGUGGAUGCAACGGGUAAUUAUGUGUUACUUGCUGGACGUAGAUGUUUCGCAGUGAAACAGCUUGAUGAAAGUACUGACAUAUUAAAAAAAUUUCAAAGACAGAGCAAAUAUGAAGUUGGCUCUGCAGAAUGGAAUCCGACAAGUAUAAAUUGUCAUCUAUGCGCUGUAUCGAGCAAUACACGUAUUGAAAUAUUAUCUCUCAUUGGAACUAAUAAUUAUGACCUCCAAACAACAAAUAGUCUAAAAGCACAUACAAGAGUUGUGAGUGAUUUAAACUGGCAUCCCAAAGAACCAGAUAUCAUUGCUUCUUGUAGCAUUGAUACAUUUAUACAUAUUUGGGACAUAAGAGAUCAAAGAAGACCUAGUUUAUCUUUGUCUGCAGUUGGUAAAUAUGGAAAUCUAAAAAUAUGAUAAAAUAGUUUACGAAUGCUUAUAAAAGAUAUAUAAUUAAAUAUGUUAUAGCUGGUAUCAUCUAACAAAAGUACAGCCUGACUUCACAAUAACUAUUCGCCUUAAUAAUGUAUAGGUUCUAUAAGAUAUUUAUAAACACUGAAGCUAUUUUAGAUACAUGGUUUAGAUUGGUGUCCAUUUCAACAAAAUCACUUGGCAACAUCUAGUCAAGAUUGUACAGUAAAAAUUUUUGAUAUCAGUAAUCCACGGAGAGCUGAAAGUAUUUUAACAACAAAUUCACCAGUAUGGAGGGCAAGAUAUACGCCAUUUGGAGAAGGACUUGUAACAAUAGUAGUACCACAAUUACGUCGAGGAGAAAAUAGUUUGUUAUUGUGGAAUACAACAAAUCUCAAUGCCCCUAUUUAUACUUUUGUAGGACAUACUGAUGUUGUUCUUGAAUUUCAAUGGAGACAUCAAAAAUUAGAAAAUAGUGAUUUUGAAUUAAUUACUUGGUCAAAGGAUCAAUGUUUAAGGAUAUAUAAAAUAGAUCCUUUCUUAAAGAAAUUAUGUGGGCAUGGUAUUGAUGAUGGUACAUCUAUUUAUACCCAAUAUUCAGAAGAUAAUAAUCUAAGAACGUUACAAUCCGUCCAACAACUACAACUUAAUGAUACUCAAACUGAUCGCGAAAUGAAUUGUAUAACAACGAAAGUAGAUGAACCUGUAUUGAAUUCCGAAACAGAUUCAUAUAUUGAAAAUAAUAAAGAAAUAUCAUCACCUACACAACCGAAGACCUUACAGCAAGAAUUUUCGUUAAUAAAUAUGAACAUACCAAAUAUAGAGGUCAAUACAAUGGAUGCUGUGGAACGUAGUUGUACUGUAACAGCGUCCAAUAAAAGUUAUAACGUAAUAUUAAAAGUAAAUUUCCCCGCGAAUUAUCCAUACAGUGCACAACCUACAUUCCAGUUCUGUUCUGGAACAACAAUCGACAAUACAACGGUGGCAAAGCUAUUGAAAGUUUUAAAACAAACUGCUCAACAACGUGUUAAAAAGAACAGAUCGUGUUUAGAACCAUGUCUUAGGCAAUUAAUUACAACAUUGGAGCAAACAUGUAAAAAAGAUGAGAAUGAAAGUAGUCACUUAGGAUAUGACAUUCAAGACAAUGCUAAUUUCUUAAGUUCCUCUAAUAUGUAUACAAACUAUCAAGACGCCUAUAUACCGUUUCCUAGAACAUCUGGCGCUAAGUUUUGUUGUGUAGGUAUACUCGUAUGUUUUGGUCGUGCUUCAUAUACGAGAAGAUCAUCUAUGAAACCAGAGUGUACAACACCCAGAGCACUUUCUGCAUUAGGAAACGGAAUAGGCAACGGGGAACAUUUUAUGCACAUGUAUCCAAAUUCUUAUGUACAAUCAAAUGAUAACAUUCCUAUAAGUUCCUUUUAUUUUCAAGAUCGAGAAAUGAAUCGCGGAUUACAUAAUACAAAUAGAAUGACUCAUAGGUCAUGUUGUAAAAAUUACCAUUUUAUGGUAAUGAUAUACGAUGCCUCUUCAUUGUUUUUCGUCAACAAAGAACUUGCUGAAAAAUAUGUUAUCAAUAUCACCGAUAUCCCAGCGAUGUGUCAAUAUAAUGCAAAUAUUGCUGCAUCAUUAGAACGUCCUGAUUUAGUUCAGGCAUGGUGUUUAGCUGCUCUUGUGAUAUCGCAACCAGUUUCGAAUAUUGGACAAAACUCUUGUCAAUCACCUGAUAUUGAUGCUCCAUGGCCUUUGCACCCUUUUGGUCAAAAUUUAAUUCAUUCCUUAAUACAGCAUUAUGCCAAUCAGUCAGAUAUUCAAAUGGCAGGUAUGCUGAGUUGUGCAUUUAGUUUUCGUUCGGAAAGUCCUGAUGUCAGUCAGACACGUCUAAGUAGCAAAUCCAUUAAUGUUAGUAGGCUUUCUACAGGAAAAUGGUGGUUAAAGCCUGGUGGUUCCCCGUAUCAUACGAUUCAUCUAGCCGAUACUACAUUAGAAGGAUGGAACUUUCAAAAUUUAAAGCAACAUCGAUCUAACUCAUGGUCCGAUUCGCUUGAUGAUUUAAAACUAAUUCAAGAUACAUUUGGAGAUUCUGUAAAAAAUAUUAGGUUACUCGAUGAAAAAUAUACUACUCUUUACGAUGGCUAUAAAAAAGCGUAUGCUGAAGUGCUACACAGGUGGCGAUUAUUAGAUGCACGUGCCCAAGUAUUAAAGCAUGUGAGUACAACUCCGUUGGACACACACAAAGGUGUCGAAUUUCAGAGUGAAUGUCAAUUAUGCGGUAAAGUUAGUAGAGGACCUCAAUGUAUAAAUUGCAAACGAUUAGCACUGGAAUGUGUAAUUUGUCACAUCUCCGUUCGAGGUCCAAGUAAUUUUUGUAUUUUUUGUGGACAUGGAGGACACACGCAACAUUUAGCAACAUGGUUUACCAGCAAAACAUUAUGCCCCACAGGCUGUGGAUGUUAUUGUCUACAAGAAAGUUCUGCUCUACUAAAAUUGUAAAUAAAUGAUAAGAGACAUUGUACAUAACCGUGAAGAUAUAUAAUGAAUGUUACAAGAAGAUAAUAAAUAUG